UGCUACAAGAGAAAUUUCUUAAUGAUCGACGAGUUUUUGUUUCGCAAUAAGGUUUAGGCACCGAUUCUCUAUCGUCUUGUGGAUUCUCACUUCCUAUCUCGUCUCUAUCGCUGAUUAACCCACCCGAGCUUGACCGGACGGGACCGGACCGGUGUCCCUGAGAAGAUGAGGCCGCCGGCGCCGGACAGGCCUAUCAACGUGAAGGCGAUGGCUCGAAAGUUCGACGUCGACAAUCGGCUCCCUCUCCGCAAUUACUAUCGGAUCGCCGAUAACCUCCUUAAACAGGCUAACAUAUAUCGGGAGGAGAAUAACAUUAUAGACUUGUAUAUCAUCCUUCUUAGAUAUUCCAGUUUGGUGUCUGAAACCAUACCAGUCCAUCGAGAUUACCAGGUUUUGCUUCCAAAACAAAAGGCAUUCUACAAGAAGAAAUUGUCGAUUGUACUAGAUGAGCUUGAAACAUUGCAGCCAAAAUUCCGCCAGAUGCUGAAUGAAGUGAACAAGACCUGGAAAGGUACUCAGGCAUAUCAACUUGAGGCUGAGGAUAGAACUUAUGGUUCAGAAGCAUCACAUUUAGAAUGGCCUUCUGUCAAUAGGAAAGCUUCUUUAAGCCUCAAUGAUAAUCAGCUAGCUAGAAAACUGCCACUGUCUUCGUGGAAUAUUAAUAAUGAUCAUUCUCAAGUUAUACCUCCAGCUCCAAUUAGUACACAAUUUCAAAAGCUAUCUCUUAAUCUGCCUCUGCCAAAGAAGGAAACCUUAUCUAGACACUCUUUUUUAGGCCCAAAUGGUCUUCAAGGUCAGUGGCUAGGACCUAGCCCAGAGAUAAAGGUUCAAUAUCCAAGCAACACUGACUUGACUACAAAUGAAGAAGAUUCAGGCCUGAAUCAGGGUGCACAAUAUGACCUUGUGGCAGUAAAAGAUGUUGAGUCAGGAGAUAGGUCUACCAUGGAAUCAUUGUUGUCUUUGGAUGAUGGAAGAUGGUUAUGUAGUGAGUCUUCUGCUUCAUUAAAUAAUCAGGCAAGCAGUGAUCCUCUGAUAUUGGGCAAUAUCAGGCAGCCUUCUCCACCUCCAGUUCUUGCUCAAGUACAACCAGAGAUUAUGCCAAUCUCCCCAUCAAAAGUUGCAGAUCCGAGACCUGGUCCGGCAAAACCUUUUCAGGAUGAGAUGGGUGGCUCUAAUUCAUAUCAGCAUCUUCACAUUCCAGUAAAAAUGAUGGAAGAUUUUCUGCGAUUGGCACGGCAAAAUACUGCCAAAAAUUUAGAAACAUGUGGUGUACUUGCUGGUUCGCUGAAAAACAGGGUAUUCCAUAUCACUACACUUAUAAUCCCAAAGCAGGAAUCAACUUCUGAUUCGUGUCAGACCUUGAAUGAAGAAGAAAUUUUUGAAGUCCAAGACAAAUUUUCACUUUUCCCCCUUGGGUGGAUUCAUACACACCCAUCACAGACCUGUUUUAUGUCAUCAGUUGAUUUGCACACGCAUUAUUCAUAUCAGAUCAUGUUGCCAGAAGCAAUCGCAAUUGUUAUGGCUCCCACUGACGCAUCCAGUCCGCAUGGCAUAUUCCACCUGUCCGACCCUGGAGGUGUUUCAGUUAUUCGAAAUUGUCAACAGCGCGGAUUUCAUCCUCAUGAGGAGCCCGAGGAUGGAAGUCCAAUCUAUGAGCACUGUUCCCAUGUUUAUAUGAACCCCAAGUUGAGGUUUGAGGUUGUAGAUCUGCGGUAAGGCUACGUUUGCAUUAAUAUUCCUUAAAAAAGAGAGGUAUUUAAAGUAAAGUACUGUUGGAACAGGGGUACACAGCCAGUAGUUUCAUCCGAGGGUUAUAUUGUAAAUUCUCCCAUUCCCAGAUUUGUGAGUAGAGAAUUUGAGGGAAAGAACCUUUCGCAUUUUACUGCCCCCUCUCCUCUCUCUCCCGCGGGGGGGGGGGGACAUUUCCAUAGCUGGAGCAAAGAAAAUAGUUUGUGUGAAUUCAAUCCCAGUUUUCAGUUUUACUUCCAAUUUUCUGUUUUACUUCCAAAAUGAGCAGAAGUACGUUUUCAGUUUUACUGACUGGUUUGGUCCUCAUUUGUCUUUUCUUGAAAUUUCACUAUUUUAAUAACAUAGAAAAUGGCAUUUGAUUGCUUGUUUUUGUUUUCAAA